AUGGAUAUCACGAAAAGAUUUGUGACUAUUUUCCUUGUGGUAAUAUUGACAGUUUCUGUAAUUGCAGCGAACCAGCAAACUUUGCAUUGCAUUGAGAAAUGUUCACAAUUUUACGGGAAUCUGAAAUGUUACAAGGACUGCAGAAAUCAACAUUAUGAUGGAGGCCAGUGUGAUGAUGCUUCAAAAGGUCAAAAACUACCACAACCAAAAUGUUGUUGCUACAAUUAUUCAAAUUGA